AUGCGUCUCUCUUCUCGCUUGUUACUCCGAGAUCCUGAAACACGACAUAUUAGUCGAACAGUUACCACGACGACUUCAAAUCCGCGAAGCUUCCCAUUCGAGCGUGCCUCCGUCCUAGAGCCACCAGCCGAGUUCGCCAAAUUGCGAGCUACCGACCCUGUCUCCCAAGUCAAGCUCUUCCAUGGAAGUCUUCCCUGGCUCGUGACCAAGCACAAGGAUGUCGUCUUUGUUGCUACACCCGAUAAGCUCUCCAAGAUAUGGAUUCCCCAGACCAUAUGCAUCAGAGAUAAGCUAUCGAGAAUGGUGGAGCAAAUCUUUACCCAAGAAGCAGUUGAGAAGCUGCAGCCGUAUAUCCAGAAGACGGUAGAUGACCUUCUGGAGGAUUUGAAGCAAAAGGGCUGUGCCGACGGCCCAGUCCAUCUCGUCAAGAUAUUUGCACUCCCAGCGCCCUCCUACCCUGGAAACAUUGAGAAGGCCGACGCAGUCCAAAUUUCCUUUUUGCUCCUCGUUGCUGGUAAUGCCACGAUGGUAAACAUGAUUGCACUGAUACCAGGGAGUUAUUACUUUGCCCCAACAUCCAGAUCAGCUAUCUGA